AUGUCUGUCACCGACGAGCAAGGCAUGAGGGCAGAUCAGAUAUACCGCCCACUGGACUUCUCCAAGAACGAAAUUCGCCUAAUCGAAUUUGAGGACGAUGGCGGGGACAGAGAAGACCCCUUGCGAUUGAAUCUACACCAUGUAUCACUGGAUGAUUGGGACCCUGAAUUUGUCACUUUGCGCAACCAAAAUCCAUCGGUGAAUAUCUUGAAGCUCGCCCAGGCCGAGGAGAAUGAAAUAUUCAACUGGGGGCGUUAUACCUGCUUGAGCUAUACACGGAGAGAUUUUGAGGGAGAGAAGGCCACAAUCUUCAUCAACGGUGUCGCGACACCUGUGGACAAAUAUCUAGAGCAUGCUAUGCGAGAUACAGCUUUUUCCGAAUAUGUGCCACAGCUAUGGGUCGACGCUCUCUGUAUCAAUCAUGCUGAUACGUUUGACCGGAAUCAACAUCUUCUGCGUAGAAAGGCCAUCUUCGGCCACGCUUGGAGAAUUGUAGCAUGUGUCUACGACAAAGAAGAGCUCACGGAUUAUGAGCUUGACUAUACUUUUGCAGACUUUCCGUGGGCCAACUUAGAGAAUUGCGAUUGGAUCAUGACGAAUCUUGGCAGGCAAGUUCUUGAAGAGGCUCUCGGAGCUCGGCAUCGGAACUGGGGAGCGGCGGAGCAACAAGACGAAAGAAUCAGGCGUGAUCUUAGUAAAGAUGACUUUGCUUUAAUGUUUGAUGAACAUUUGGGAGUGCCUUGGCGUAAGCAUCGAGAGAGCAACUCGGGCGAUGAAGAUUGGCACGAACCGGAGACUUGCAAUGUUCGCUUCUUGGACCUAGUCCAGUCAGAGCUAUUGAGGCUGCUCGAGAAGGAAUAUUGGUCACGUCUAGAGACUAUCCAGGAGCUGACAGAAAAUCCUGACCAGACUCUCUUGGUGUGGAAGGGUUGGAUGGGCGAGCCGAUCCCGUUUCCGUUCUUCCUGGCUCUGGGCGACAUCUUGCUCAACUUACACAAACAUGAGAAGCCCGCGGACCCAAAGCUUUGGAAGAAGCUGAAACACAAGCUGGACCUCUGGAAGUUCAUUGCCAGAAAGAAGGAACUGGAGACUGCGACGGGCGGUACGGAACGGUUGGACAAUGUCGGCGUCAAGGAGUUGAACUCACUCGUUGCGCGUGCAAGCUGCUCGUUCCCACAGGACCGAGUCUACGCCAUACUGGGCCUAUUCCCGCCGUCAAUUUCAGGCGCCGUUACGGUAGAUUACAGCCAGGAUGCGGCAGUGACCGCGGCUCAGUUUCGCUCCGUGGUCCCAGGCUGGAACUGCAACCGGCUAAAGCCGAGAAGCGACAGUGAUGAUGAGUGA